AUGUGAAGCACCCAACCUGCUGAUCAACAAGAUCAUCCUCGGACUACACCUACACCAAGUGUAAGCGUUCAGUUCAGCAAUGCCUUUUCUAGCAGCACUACUCGUUCUAUCAACAUUAGUUGUAUGCAUACAUGCUAGCGGCUUGAACACACAAGAACUGAAUUAUUUCCAAGUAAGCGGUUCCUACAAUGCUACAGUAUCUGUAACCGAAAGUACGGAUCGGUACACAAUCAUUGCCUCCGGGGAGCCUGAUCACGUUUGGGGAAAUGUCAACCCGAAUAGACCGCUCAAUCAGAAUUUCAAUAUUCCAAUACCGAAAAGUCCGACAACAGAGGCUGUCCCGGGUUGUCUGUCCUUAGGUGUCAUUGGCAUUGCCAGGACUGGUGUGGCUCUUUUUAACCCCCUUGAUGUCAACAAUGAGAAUGCCGUGGAAGGUUCUGGCGCGGAGAGACUGGACAACUGUGAUGGACAUGCAGAUCAAUUCGGGGUCUACCACUACCACAAACUACCUUUCAACUGUUUAUAUAGAGGCAAUACUGACGAGUUCAUGGGUGUGGCCAUGGACGGUUAUCCGAUUUACGGACCUAAAGUAAUGGAAAAUGGAGUCGUCAAGAACCUAACAUCAGCCGACCUGGAUAAAUGCCAUGGUAGGGUUGCGUCGAAUGGACGAUACCGGUAUCACAUGACCUUUACUUUCCCGUACAUCCUCGGCUGUUUCAGGGGCAGUUUACUGUACGACAGGGCACGCACACAGGCCAUAUGUUCUUCGAACACUUCAGUGUGGGAAAACCUGUACGGACACUACCUCUGUAACUGUUCAAUAAAUGGAGGUGGAGGUAACAACCCUGAUGCUGCGUGUCAUCCAUCUAACCAGAACAAACCAUCCUAUUGCUGUGAACGACAACCGCCGCCGCCAUAUUGUAGUCAAACCACUGCCGUACCUUCUGUUAACACCGAACCCACUACAGAUCCAACUCAGGCUUGUUUCCCAGAUUGCGGAAUCAAUGGAGCCAAUCUUUUGUACCGGAGCCCAUCGUAUGUGUACCUCAUCCUUCUAGCGUGCGGUUAUGGGAUUCUACAACGUGUCUUCCAAAAUUUGUUUAUAUCUUAACAGUCACUACAAACUGAAUUUGUUGAUAUUAGAAUCAUGACUUAUAUUUUAACAGGCCAUUACAACGGUUUUGCAGGCCAAAAUCGUCUAGGUUUGUAUUUACAUUUUAAAUGUAAUAAUUAUACGAAAUGAUGAAAUGUAACCUUACCACAUCGUUGUUCUAUAUAUAUGUCUAUAGUGUACAUAAGUAUAAGGUACAGACCGUAAGGUUUUGAAUCUGAUGUGUCUGUAACAUUAAAAAAACACUUAUAUGUAUAUAUUUACCAUUGUAUGGCACUGCCACUAUAUAACCCUACCAAUUCAGUUGCGAGUUCACCAGCUUAUGAACU